ACGGAAAACACGCAGGUUCUGGUAUUGUUUUCCCUAGAAUUAAACUUAUCCCAAAGAACAAAAAUAUUCGAUGAAACUGGACAUAGGCAUAGUAGGUGGUUCGGGCCACAGAUCUUGCGAUCCAUAGUUCCACUAUCCACUAGUCCACAUUCCCAAGAAUGACGUCAGAGCUAAUUCGAACCGUACGUGGCAAACCCGAGCCGGCAUCCGGGUGAGCUACUCGAACGCACCCAGUAUAAAUGUCGGGUGCAUAUCCGGGUUCACACGUCACUCUGUUGCCCGGAAAGCAAUGAAAUGCCAAAUAGAGGACAAAACAAGAACGUUAAAUUGAAAGCGAAUAGCAAAAAACGAUAAAGCGAAUAGUAAAGAGGAACAUUUACACAUUCAUUCACCGCGGCAAAUUGGCCUGUGAACACAACAAAACUGACUUGAAGAUCGUCAUCAUGGCUUUCCGUAAGAUUUCGUGCGUGAUGUUCUUUCUGGUCCUGGGUUUAGUAUCCGCGGAUGACUGUCCACCGUUCUGGACACGCUACGGUAACAACUGCUACCGUUUCUUCGGUCCUCCCAAGACCUGGCAAUCGGCCGAGGAGCACUGCGGAGAGUUCUUCACCCGUGACGGCCAGGGGCACCUGGCGUCCGCCCGCAGCUCAGGGGAAAACAACUUCCUGCUCCAGAUGUGGAGUACCUCUCUGGUAUCAAACGAUGGCGUUGUGGGUGCUAGCGUCUGGAUUGGGCUCAACGACCUGGCGAAUGAAGGACGAUUCACCUGGAGUGACGGGGGGCACUUAAACUACAACGGCGGGUGGCGUACUGGCCAACCGGACGACGGUGGACAAGCUGAGGACUGCGGCUGUUUCUGGAGGACCACCGAGCAGGUUGGAUGGAAUGAUGAAGGUUGCGGUUUGGCCCUCCCAUACAGUUUUAUAGAGUGAACACGGCAAAUCCGACUUGAACAUCACCAUCAUGGUUUUCUGGCAGAUUACCAAAGUGAACUGGAAGUACAUUGUAAUUAUUGUCUGCACUCAAAAUUGGUCGACCUACUUGUUUGUCAGAAGUGUUUUCUUGUUUGUAGGCGUAUAAUUAGACAGUAAUCGACUGCGCAUCUUAAA